AUGGCCGUAGCAUCCGCAGCAGAGGAGACGAGCUACGACUUGUCAGAACCGGAAUCUUUACUCGGCUUCCUCGAAGAUGCCGGCAUCCGCAUGGUGCGCCUCGAAUACCUGAUCGAGCUCUCUGCCUCCGGGAGGCCGUUGCCGCGCCGUCAAGAAGCAGAAAAGGAGACGACGAGCUCAGGUGCGCCGGCGCUCGUAGAGAACAGCGAGCUCAAAGAAGUGAGCAUCGAUCGAAAUACAGGCCACAUGUCUGUGAUGCGCCGGCACCCAGUGCCCAGACAGGUCCGAGUCCACCUCAUCUCCAUCAGCCACAUGUGGGAGAGCAUGCAGCAUCCGGAUCCGUGGAGGUUCCAGCUGAAUGCCAUCGUGGAGGAGUUCCGUCCCCGGCUGCUGGAUUCCGUCGUUUGGAUCUUCUACGACUUCCUUUCCUUGCAUCAAUACGCCAGAAGCGAGGAUCAGGAGUGUGUGGCAGCACCCGGAGCCACAAUCUUCGUGUUCUGGAAGGAGGAGCAGCAGAUGACGGACGUGCUUAUCACUGAACUCAAGUUGAACGGGACGCCUUACGAGGAACGAGGCUGGUGCAGGUCCGAGAAGGAAUGGUCCGCUUUGCGGACUUGGAUAAAGGGCGAAAGUCCGGUGCCGCUUCCACCAGACAUGUUCCGUGCCCGGAUGCAGCAGAUGAAGUUUACACACAGGGAGGAUACGGAGGAGGUCUUUAAGCUCCAGGCGAAGGUCUUCCACCAGAAAGCCGCGUCCACGACCAAUCUCCUCAUCGAAAACCUGACUGCCGAGAAGAUCGAAGUUCUGGUUGCAGCUCUGCCUUUCUACACCCAGCUCAAGGAGCUCGUAGCCAGGGGAAGCCCGGAGAAUGUUUGGAAGGUGGCCAUGGCCGUGGUGGAAUCUGGUGCCUGCAACGUCGAGAUCGUCUGCGAGAAUGUGCGGGACGAAGAUGCGAAAGAUUUUGCGACCGAUUUGUCCAAGGAGAAGUGCAGUCACUUGGAACGGCUGCACCUCAAGUGUGAGACGAUUGGUGAGCUAGGUAGGCAAGCCCUCGAGCAGAUGAUGACACGCCGCACGGCGAGUCUAGAGAUUAGCAUCCCAGGCCCCGGUCGGAGCUAUGUCGGGCAGGGGAUCGAGCCGGCGGUGGCCUCGGAGACUUGCGCGACGCUGCGCAUCCUUGUCUGCAAGCGUAGACAACCCCCAGACUCCCCAGACCUCGGCCCGGUGGUGGCCGUGGCUGCCGGAUUAGAUCACACCUGUGCCGUGAAGGCGAGUGGCGAGCUGGUUGGCUUCGGAGACAACGAGUAUGGCUAUGGUCGGUGCGAUGUGCCUCCCGACCUCGGUCCGGUGGUCGUGGCUGCGGGAUGGUUUCACACUGGUGCCGCUAAGGCGAGUGGCCAGCUGGUUUGCUUCGGACACAAUGGCUUUGGUCAGUGCGAUGUGCCUCGCGACCUCGGUCCGGUGGUGGCCGUGGCGGCCGGAAGAGCAUACACCUGUGCGGUGAAGGCGAGUGGCGACCUGGUCUGUUUCGGAAACAAUGGCCGUGGUCAGUGCGAUGUGCCUCGCGAUCUCGGUCCGGUGGUGGCCGUGGCUGCCGGAUCUUUUCACACCUGUGCCGUGAAGGCGAGUGGCGAGCUGGUAUGCUUCGGAUGCAAUUCGGAUGGUCAGUGCGAUGUGCCUCCCGACCUCGGUCCGGUGGUGGCCGUGGCCGCCGGAUCGGAUCACACCUGUGCCGUGAAGGCGAGUGGCGAGCUGGUAUGCUUCGGAUUCAAUCAGCAUGGUCAGUGCGAUGUGCCUGGCGAUCUCGGUCCGGUGGUGGCCGUGGCAGCCGGAUGGCCAUACACCUGUGCCGUGAAGGCGAGUGGCGAGCUGGUUUGCUUCGGACACAAUGGCUUUGGUCAGUGCGAUGUGCCUGGCGAUCUCGGUCCGGUGGUGGCCGUGGCAGCCGGAGAAGAUCACACCUGCGCCGUGAAGGCGAGUGGCGAGCUGGUUUGCUUCGGAUUCAAUCAGCAUGGUCAGUGCGAUGUGCCUGGCGAUCUCGGUCCGGUGGUGGCCGUGGCAGCCGGAAAACAUUACACCUGUGCCGUGAAGGCGAGUGGCGAGCUGGUAUGCUUCGGACAGGAUGGCACGGCGCGGGCUCGUCCCGAUGGGACCUGGGGAAAGGUGCCGGAGUUUACGCGUUCCAUUCCUAGGUGUACCGAGCUUCCGAUGCUCAUAGGCUUCCUGCUCUUGGGCUCUUUUGGCUGCGUGGUUACUGCUGGCUUCCUUUAUGAACUUAUGACGUGCCAGCUUGCGAAGCUGGUGCUGGCUUUUCAGCCUCAUGGGCACGAGGGCAGGUGUGUGCAACUCCUGUCGGUGGCUAUAGUUAACAUGAACCUUCCCCCGGUCUUUCCGGAACCGGCCGGACAGACCGAGGGCACGUCGGGCCAGCGAAUUCCAGGGCUGGUUCGCGCGGACGUUGCUCCACUGGAAGACAAUGUUGGGAAGGACCGGGCACAUGUCAUGUCUGCUGAUAAGGCUCAAUAG